AAUCAAAACAAUUUUGGAUUAUCGGUCGGUUACGGAUUCACGGGUUUAAUAAACGAUGUGGGCGAAACAAACUAAAAAAUCCUCAUAAUUGACUGAACUGCACACUGAAAUACAGAGCUUUAACUUAAUUUGAAAUGUUUAUAGUGUUCAAGUAACAAUGGAGAAAUUUAAUAGUGUAUUGUUAUUAAUUUCAUUGUGUGCGUUAUUGUGGGGUGUGGCCGGACAGUAUGAAUGGCAAAUACGGGAUUCUGUUGAUGAGAUUCGGGGUAAAAUGGACAAGAUUUCAGCUGAUAACUGCUACAUAAGUCAUCUAGACGAUCUCUUUUUACCAGAAGACUCAGUCUCUCACCAUCCCGAUGUGAAAGAAAUAAACAUCAACCCAGUGUUUCCGAACCGAACAGCUAUGUUACAUUUACACAACAUGGCUAUGACUAGAGCGUUUUUCUGGAGUUAUAUCCUGCAGUCGAGGUUUAUAAGACCGGCUAUAAACGAUACAUACGACCCAGGUAUGAUGUAUUAUUUCCUAUCAUCAGUAGCUGAUGUUUCUGCGAACCCAUUAAUUAACGCCAGUUCGCUAUAUUUUUCGCCCAACACAUCGUAUACAUCGUCUUACCGAGGCUUCUUCAACAAGACUUUGCCGCGAUUCGCACCAAGAGCUUUGAGAGCAGAUGAUUUUAACGAUCCAGUCCAUUUACAAAAGAUAUCAACACUGAACACAUUCCAUGUGGAAGAUUUGGGAGCUUACGACCCUGACAGCUGGUCUAAAGACUAUACGUCUGAUUUCUAUCGCAUAAAUGAGUGGUAUUCACUGUGGUUGCCUGACAAAGUGGAUAAGAGACACGACACCAAAACAACAUAUCAAGUGGAAAUCAGAUAUGCAAAUAACACUAACGAAACAUUCACUUUCCAUGGACCACCUGGAAAUGAUGAGACACCUGGUCCAGUAAACUGGACGAAGCCCUACUUUGACUGCGGCAGACUGAACAAGUGGCUUGUGGCAGCCGUGUCACCAGUUGCUGACAUCUUUCCUAGACACACACAGUUUAGACAUAUUGAAUAUCCAACAUACACAGCCGCAGUGGUGAUGGAGAUGGACUAUGACAGGAUAGAUAUAAACCAGUGCCCACCCAGCGAGGGUAACGACAAACCCAACAGAUUCGCGUCCACCGCCCGGUGUAAGGAGGAGACUACUGAGUGUGAACCAAUUCACGGUUGGGGCUUCCGUCGAGGUGGUUACCAAUGCCGCUGCCGGCCGGGCUUCCGCCUGCCCAGCAUCGUGCGCAGGCCUUACCUGGGAGAGAUCAUUGAGCGAGCCACCGCCGACCAGUACUAUAACAACUUUGACUGCUCCAAGAUUGGAUGGAUCCAACGUCUACCUGUGCAGUGGGAGAAAGCCCACCCGUUCGUGCGCGCGAUCUACGCAGAUCGCUACUACGAGUAUGUGAACUCCACCAGCGGACCUGCAGCACUUCACACUGAGCGAGUUAACGUUUACGAAGUGCUCAACUUUAUCCGAGGCGUGCAGCCGCACAACUGCUCUGAAUACAACCCGACGGACUUGUUCCUGAACGGCGACAUCGCUUACGGCGCAGAGGAGCAGUUUGAGAACCAAGCCAAAAUGGCGGUGCGACUCGCCAACUUUAUCAGUGCCUUUUUGCAAGUGUCAGAUCCCCAAGAAGUGUUCAGUGGAACGCGCGUGGCGGACAAACCCCUCACUGAAGACCAGAUGCUGGGAGAAACGCUCGCCUUAGUUCUCGGGGAUUCCAAGGUUUGGUCCGCAGGUACAUACUGGGACAGAAAUAAAUUUACAAAUCGCACGUUCUUCGCUCCAUUCGCUUACAAGACUGAGUUGAAUACAAGAAAGUUCAAACUAGAGGAUAUGGCCCGAAUUAAUAAGACUGAUGAAGCCUACACAAACAAGCCGUGGUUCCAAUUCCUUAAACAAAGAUGGUCGACAAACUUCGAUAGUCUUGAGAAAUUUUUCCUCAAAAUGAAAAUUCGUGACAGUGAACUGGGAAAAUAUCUGAAGCAUUACGAAAGAUUCCCAACUUUCUACAGAGCAGCCAACUUGAAGAAUGGCCACUGGACUCAGCCGUAUUACGAUUGUAAGGGACCUUUGAAACAGUGGGUGAUCACUUAUGCUUCACCGUUCUUUGGAUGGGAUAACGUUAAAGUCAAAUUGGAGUUCAAGGGAGUGGUAGCAGUGACGAUGUCGCUGAUGCAGCUCGACGUGAACCAAUGUCCGGACAAGUACUACAUACCCAACGCUUUCAAAAGUACCGACAAAUGUGAUAAGGGCUCUUCGUAUUGCGUUCCAAUUCAAGGUCGCGGGUUCGAUUCCGGCGGCUACAAGUGCGAAUGCCUCCAAGGCUACGAGUAUCCCUUCGAGGACCUCAUCACGUACUACGACGGUCAGAUCGUUGAAGCAGAGUUCCAGAACAUUAUAGAAAACAAGGAGACGCGCAUAGACAUGUUCAAGUGUAGGCUUGCAGGCGCUGCAGCCAUGCAAAGCAGUGUGGUUAUAUUACUGGCAGUGUUAAUGUUUCUGUGGAAAUUCCGGUAAUUUGUAUUAAAAUGUGCGUAUAGAACAAUAAUGCUAAAAAUACGCCCUUCCGGCAUCAAUUUUCCUCGCCACUUUUAAAUAUGGGUACCUUUAAGUCAAGACUGAAUAGGCAUCUUCUAAACAAGCGCGCUACAUCUUAGGCGGCAUCAUCACUUGCCAGUAGGUCUGAUUGCAGCCAAGCGAUAGUCUAUAAUUAACAAAAAAAUACUGGUAAAAUGCGACUCGACUCAUCUGAAAUCACAUGGGAUAGAAUCAGGCGUUACUUUACGGAAGUUCAUGUUUAGCGGAUUAAAGCAAAUAAUUUUUAACUGUUUCUUGCUGAAAUCACAUUAUAAAUAGCUAUAUCGCUCCACCACACCAUUUCGCGUCGGUGGUGACUGGUGACAGUAUGUUUUCGGCCUAAUAAUUAAUAAUGAUAACCUAGUAAUUUUGAUCAAUAUAAUCGAUAUGCGAAUGCAAAUAUUGUAUCGAUAAAUCUUAAUUAUACCGUAUCGGUACCGAUACCGAUUUUAUACCGGUUACCGGUAACGUUAAAAUUGUACCGAUAAUUAUCGGUACGGAAUACUAAACCUAUUGAAUAGAAAAUACAAUAAUGGUAGCAAUCGUUAAGUACCUCUUAAAAAUAUUUUUACAGUAAUACCUAUUAUACAACGCUACAUUGCACAUAAGAAGAACAGUUAUGCAGCUCACACACAAAAACGGUAGAAUAUACCAAAACAGCUAUUAGUAUAAGUACAUAAAUUUUAUUUUUCUGCAUUAUAAUAUAUCUAUUACAAAUUACAAUAAGUAGUUUAUAGGAAAUAAUGGGGACGAUAUGUAGGCAAUAAUUUCUAUGAAACUCCAUAUUUUAUAAUAAGAACUUUUUUACAAUAAUAUUUUAUAUUAUUUUGUUAAGAACAUUCGCUUCAUAAAUAUAGCGUUUAAAUGUAGUUUCACAAAAAAUAUUCAGAAAUAACGGUAACGUUAUAUUUUUCUAUGAUUUCAAUAUUGUGCUGGAUUGGUUACAGUUGGGCGCUCAAAAUAUUAUACCAGUGAUACUUUAGUAUAGUAUUACAGUAUAUUUUAGUAUUUGAUAACGCUAAUGUCUUUUAAUAUGAAUUUGGUAACGUUAUCCCAGGUCUAAUAUGUUUAACAGUUUCAUUUGCUGUUUUAUUUGUAUAAAUUAUAAUAUUGUAAUAUAUUAA